CGUCAGUAGUGCACCAGCAUGUUUUGUGUGGCGCAGCGGACUAUUUGCAUUGGUCGGCCAGGAAGGCGGUUGAAAGCGCUCGCUCGGGCAGCCAUGCGCCACCAGCAAACGAAUGGCAAUGGCAACAUACAGGCCCCCCAUCAGCCUCGCAACGUACUAGGCGGUCCGCUGCAAUGCUGCUGCACCUCUCCUCGGACGGGUUACUACCGGGACGGCUUCUGUCGUACGGACGCUAGUGAUGUGGGUCGGCAUGUCAUCUGCGCCAAGGUAACUCGCGAGUUCCUGGAGUUUACGGCUUCCCGCGGCAACGACCUGAGCACCCCAGCUCCGCGGUACGACUUCCCCGGCCUCCAACCCGGCGACAAGUGGUGCCUGUGCGCCGUACGUUGGCGAGAGGCGCUGCAGGAGGGCAAGGCGCCGCCCGUGUUCCUGCACUGCACGCACGCCAAGGCACUGGAGUACGUGACCCUGGAGGAGCUGAAGCGCCAUGCGUUGGACUGGUCAGCCGACCAGCAGGGUGGCAACAACGGUCACAACUGAAGAACCAGAGGUUAAGAAACGGGCAACUGACAACGGAAACGGACACCAGUUAACAGAACGACAGCCCGAAACUCAAACAUGAACCCCAAAGCUGAGCUGCUGCAUGGCAGAUGGGGGAGAGGGAACUCGAAGGAGAGCUGCUGCAAGGUUAAUACCGGUUGAUUAUGAUUUAUUGUAAAGGUGUGGCAGGCAAGGAUGCGCAGGUGGCUGGCCCCUCUGCUGCUGCGGCGGCGGUACUUGUGUAGUGGGUUGCAAUUUGAUGGUACCGUAUACAGCCUGAAAAGGCUCCAUUCCUGUUAUGUGAGCGUGUUUAGGCGGACGUCCAUGGGGGCCAUUUUACGUACAUAUGGUAUUACUGGUGGGCAUUCAGAGAUAGCUGACGUCAUGGCAUUGCUAAGCGUCCUGCGCGCUACAGGAAACCUGGGAAAUUCAUUUCAGUGCAAUCCAUUAGCACACAUGCUGUGCGUAUUGCAAGCAUACGUUGUACCCUGCAGAGCUUUGGCACGAACCCCUUGUGCAAUCAACCAUUACCUUCAGGGUGGACUCGGGACAUGGG